AGCAUUGAAGAAACAUUGAUUCCAACACCCGUCGUGCCUUGUAAAUCCAAACAUGGUUGGAUUCAAAUGGGGCGUGGAUCGCAAUGCGUUGGGCAUGGCCGACACUGGAGAAGCACGGCUCCGCGUCAUUGAUGUGAAGGCAGCAGCGGCUGAACUCAUUGCCAUGACUCUUUUUGUCAUCAUUGGCUGUGGAUCCGCGUGUGCCAAUGGAGCUUCCAACCCGUCCAACAGACUUCAAGUGGCACUUGCUUUUGGCAUGGGCAUCCUUGUUUUGGCUUACUCAGUGGGUCACCAUUCGGGAGGUCAGAUCAAUUGUGCAGUGACCUUGUCCUUGGUAUUGGGUGGUCAAGUUCCUUGGUAUCAGGGUUUGGUAAACCUGAUCGCACAGUUGAUAGGAAGCCUCCUGGGAGCUGGCCUUUUGUGCGCAGUCUUUCCGUGUGAGGUGGACGAAACGAAAACUGUGGGUACCAACAUCAUCGACACUCGUUGGGGAGUCGGGAAUGUUCUGGUUGGUGAGUUUUUGGGAACAUUUUUGCUUUGCUUUGUGGUGUGGGAGACAGCUGUGUCACCAGUUGCUUCUUGCGGCAAAAACGCUUGCAUCGCCAUUGGAUUUGCAGUCUUCUUGGCGCACGUGAUCUUGUUGCCGGUUGACGGUUGUUCCAUCAACCCCACACGAUCGUUUGGACCAGCGAUCGUCGGGGCAAUCAGGAACUGUGAAGGCAUGUCCACCAAGGGCCUGGAAGAGACUCUGGCACAGCCGAUAAACCCGAUAAGCAGAAAACCUGUUUUUAAAAUUUUCAUGUUUUUUUUCAGAUUCAGAAUUUCAAAACGGUAUAUUCAAAUCAAGGGCCCACGCCUACGCACUUGUAGAACAUGUAUUCUUGUGAAGGUGUGGUGCGAGGCAACUGUUCCAGUCGUUCGGUUUGGUCUAAGCAAACUCCCCUGCAUCCAAGUUCCAAAUGGUCAGUGUUGUUGAUUUUUUUCCAAAUUGACGAAUGAAUACACUGAUAAAAACGAAGUGCCCUCAUUUCUCGGCCCCUGGCUAGGAUCUUUGGGUGAUGUGGGUGGGGCCCCUGCUUGGUGGCACUUUCGCUGCCGCUCUUCAUGUUGCUUUCAAACCACGGACUGGGGAUACAGUUACCACCACUAAAGUGCAAAAUUUUGAAUCAUGAGCGGUCCAUGCGGUCUUGCAGCUCCAAUAGCUCGAACAGUUGAGGCGUGGUCCAGACAACAACUGUUUGGUCAGCCAGCUACUGAACAUCAAGUAGUGUCAGAAGUAGUGUCAGACACGAAAACUGAAGAAUAGCAAGGCGCAAACUUGUCAUCAACGGAACUGUGAACUGGUCAGGAGACACUGGCAAAGCCAUGGCACUGAUCGUUUGAACAUGUCCGACAGUUCUACCAAACCACAGUUUGUUAAUCAUACUUGUGGCCCAACUUGUGGCAUCCUUUGAUUGUGUAAUUGUUGCAGGGCUGAAGUGCAGUAGCAUUAUAUAUCCUGUUGAAGAUGACUCUCCUGUUUUGUUUCACAGAGGGUCUUCUUGUUCAAAUUUGAAUUUUUCUUGCAUUCACCGGCCGGUGGCAUACACUGACAACAGCCCAGCUUUCAGCACUGUGACCCUGGCACCCGACCAAAGUCGUGGGGUUGCCAAAAGGAAUU